UUGUGCUUUCAUCUCUGGUAAGGGCAUUUACCGGACAAGCUAGAUCUAGAUAUCAAAACAGUGACCCGAUUCGAUCGGACUCCUAUAGACCUUGCCUAGCGCCUGCUUGCCCCAUGGACAGGUGUUACUGGUAUGAGCGUGAGCAUGGAGAGCUGGCUCCUGGUGAAAGGGUGCUCUUCCAACAGGGUGGAAUCAGACUCUACGAUGGGGAAGAAAGAACCACGUUUGAGAGUGGCAAUCUCCAGCUGACCACACACCGGCUGAUCUGGGAUGACGAAGACCAGGAGGGCCGUGUAAUAGCGUUUGACCUGGCCCUGGUAACAGCAGCAGAGCACAUUGCCCCAACAUUCACUAAGAGUGCCAAGAUUUUGCUCAAACUGGCAAAGGCUCCAGCCACAAAGCCCCAGGGUCCGUCAGUGAUUGAGAAGGCUGCCUAUAUCAGACUGUCAUUUCGCAAAGGAGGUCAAAAUGAGUGUCUCACUUUGCUGAAGGAAGCUCUAGCCUCUAGACAGUGGGAGAGGAUUGCAGUGGCUCCAGCCAAGGGGGCCCAGCUAAAGAUGAGGUCUGGUAUCAUGGGCAUAGAGCGAGGCAUUGAGAGGAAGCAGAAAGAAACUAACAAAGAGGUCAACGAGGCGUUCAAAGACCUUGAUGCACUCAUUGAUAAGGCUAAGAACAUGGUUGGACUUGUUAAUAAAUUCGCCGCCAAAAUAGAAGAAAAGAAAGGUUCAUUAUCAGAAGAUGAGACUAUCCAGUUCAAGGCGUAUCUACUCAGUGUGGGUAUUGCAAAUCCUGUAACAAAAGAGACCCACGGCUCUGGUUCUGCCUAUCACAAGGAGCUCUCUAAAGAACUGGCGACAUUUCUGGACAAUCCAUUACAGGAGUGCGGAGGAAUGAUGAGUCUCUCUGAUGUCUACUGUCGCUUCAACAGAGCCAGGGGAAUGGAGCUUGUUUCUCCAGAAGACGUGGUGAACGCUUGCAACCAGUUUAAAAGUUUGUCAUUACCCCUAAGAAUGCGCAGAUUUGACAGUGGCGUGCUUGUGGUUCAAUCCCUCUCACACAGUGAGGAGGUCAUCAUUAAAACAACAGCUGAACUGAUUAAGGAGAGUGGGUCUCUGACAGCUGAGGAGCUCUCUAAACACAGUGGAGUGUCCAUCAUGCUAGCAAACGAAAGGCUGUUGGGGACAGAAAAGGUUGGUCUGGUUUGCCGAGACGAUUCAGUGGAGGGACUUCGGUUUUACCCUAAUAGAUUUCUAGAAAUGGACACAUAGAUAUAGCUGCCUAACUCAAGUUGCAUUGUUCUUUUCAUUAUUAUACUUAUGUGUGUAGCUAGUUUCACAUUGUGCAUCAUGUUGUCUCCCAAUUCGA